AUUUUAGAGAGAGAUUUGGCAGAUAUAUAGAGAGAAAACCCCACAAAACACCCUCAGCCUUUUUCUUCAUCAUCACUCAAAGUCUCAAACUCAAACUCAAACUCCAACUCCAACUAUAGCCCUCUACACAUUUCAGUCUCAAACUGAAAGUCUUUUUAAUUAUUUGGCCAAAAUUUCUUUACUCACUUCUACUACUAGUAGUCAUGAGUCCAGAAAGAAAUCCACUUGACCUCAACAAUUUACCUCAUGAAGAAUUUUGUAGAGAUGGUAAACAAGUCCUUGAAGGAGGAGGGUAUAGAAAAAAGAAAAACGGCGGUAAAGAAGAUUGUGGUAAAGUUUAUGAGUGUAGGUUUUGUUCCCUCAAAUUUUGCAAAUCACAAGCACUUGGGGGACACAUGAACCGCCACCGUCAAGAGAGGGAGACAGAAACACUAAAUCGAGCUCGUCAACUUGUCUUCAACAAUGAUAACAUAAUCCCUCCACAUCACCUUAGUUGUCCUCCAAUUCCUCAUGGAGGAGGUUAUCACCAAUCAACAAACAUUGGUGAUCCAACACUCUCAUAUAGGCCACCGCCACCACCAUCAUCACUUUAUCCAACAAGGUUAUUUUCAGGCAAUUCCACCACUACCCUCUUGCCAUCUCCACCACCACAACCACCACAUCAACCAUCAUACAUGUACGCUUCUCCACCGCGUAUGGUUUCAUUCUCUUCUCAUCAAUAUCCGGCCCAAACAAACGACUACUUCCUAGGCCAUGUCUUGUCAGGAUCCAACACACACUCGACAAGUACUACCAAUAACUUCAUGGGAUCAUCCGCUCUGGGGCCUGAUCACGGUAACAACAACAAUAAUAAUAAUAGUAAUAAUUACACUUGCAUUGGUGCACCAAUAGGGCAUGGACUUGGACUUGGCAAUAAUGGAAGUAGCUCUAGUGGGAAACAACAACAUUUGGAUCGAUUUCAAGAUGGAUUUUAGUAGUUUUUUUGUCAUUUUAUUUUGCUUUAUUUCCUUGUUCUAUGUUUAACUUUCUUUUUGUGCUAGUCUUAAUUAUCUUUUUAAUGUAGUUAUAAUUAAAGUUUUGUACACUGACAACGUAGAGAAAUUUUACACAAUGAUUAUCCGUGUAAUUUGACAGUUUAUAUAGCAGACUAUCACUCUAUCUUUCAUUACU